AUGAAAGGUGUUGAAUAUUGGGAAGAAAAUGGUCAAACCAAGUUUUGUCAAAUAUCCAAGCAAACUUUGACACUACCAAAUUUGCCAAGUGAUAUUAUACAGAUAAUCUUUUCCCAUCUUACGACACAAGAUUUGAAAAUCUUGUCAAUGUUGAAUAAACAAUUCAGACAGUUGUUGGUACCAUUUUUGCUCUCACAUGUGAAAACAUUAUGGUACAAAUUGCUUGAUGAAAGUGAAGGAAAGACAUCCUUUUUACAACAAUUUAAAUAUACAAUACAUCAACUACGGAUAGCUGAUGCUUUUUCAUAUGGGGAAUGGCAAGUCGAUGUUUUUCAGGAUGUACUUUACCGAUUGCCGAGGCUACAGCAUUUGUUGAUCAAUACUGUAAAUUCAUCCGGUUGGCUUCGAUAUAGAUCUAAUGAUACAAUCAUUCGAUUGACACUUUAUACAGAUCCAACAAUUAGAGACACACAAUCUAUGUUUGAACCAAAGAACAAAGGCAUAUUAACACGCAGUCCAAGCAUGCAUUCUAUAAAAAUGUUCAAUAUUGAACAUUUGGCAAAUUUCAAAAUGGUUCAAAAGUUGGAACUAAAAGGAUAUCACUUAUCUUGGGAUCCGGAAUGUAUUGUAUUCCCAGUAUUAACAUUGGAAUCAUUAACAUUAGUAGACUGUUAUUGGGAUUAUCCAUUUCAACUAAAGAAUUUCAAUUACAACAACACGUUGACCCAUCUAGGUCUCCAUUUCAAAGGUGGAUCCACAUUCUUAUACUCAGAACGAUUCCGCGAUUUCAUAUUCAACAUUGGACAAGACAAAGGUCUUGAAAGUAUUACAUCACUUGAACUUAUCCAUGACGUCAAGACCGAAACUGAACAUCAAAAUGGACAAUUGACAGUAGAUGAGGCAUUUCUCAAACGAGUGUUGUGUGGUACAGGGCUACCUGGUUUGAGACUGUUGGUAUUAAAGGGAUGGAGGGUUAAUUGCAUCUUUUACUGGCAUCGAUUGGUUGAAAUUUUACAAAGUAAAGAAGAUUUAAGAAUAGUUGAAUUUGAUGUUGUUAGUAGUUUUGGUCUGGGAAUCAAUACUGGAGUAGUUAAAGAGUGGUGUAAGGAAAUGUGUCCUUGGAUUAAAGUUAGAUUGAGUCUUCGUGAGUUAGGAAAAGAAUAA